GGGCGGAGAACUCCCCAGGCCGGGAUUGGCUGCAGCCCAAACCGGGGCGCGCUUCCGGGGACAGCACGAGCCCGCACUGCGCAGCCGCAGAGGGAAGCGGCGCCGGCUGAGGGCGUGGGCCUGGAAGACCAUGAGCACGGCGGGCUCGGGCGGUCGCCGCUGGGCGCGGGUGUCCCGCUUGGUCUCCUUCAGCGCGAGCCACCGGCUGCACAGCAACUCUCUGAGUAAUGAAGAAAACUUGAAACUGUUUGGGAAAUGCAACAAUCCCAACGGCCAUGGACACAAUUACAAAGUUGUGGUGACAGUACAUGGAGAGAUUGAUCCCGUUACGGGAAUGGUUAUGAAUCUGACUGAACUCAAGAAAUACAUGGAGGAGGCGAUUCUGAAGCCCCUGGACCAUAAGAAUCUGGACCUGGAUGUGCCGUACUUCACAGGUGUUGUGAGCACAACAGAAAAUGUAGCUGUUUAUAUCUGGGAAAACCUCCAGAAACUUCUUCCCGUGGGAGUUCUUUAUAAAGUGAAAGUGUACGAAACUGACAAUAACAUUGUUGUCUAUAAAGGAGAAUAGCUCUGAGGGAGUAGCUCUGUAGAAAGAUGAAUUUCUUUCCGUAUUUGAACAAGACCGUAAUCCCUUGGAAUAUUAAGCAGUUGCCACAUAAUUGUUGCACUUCCAGACAGUGUCCUGGGGUUCCUGAUUUGUUGAAAUCCUUGUUAGAGCUGUUUUAAAACCAAACUUGUAGUGUAUCCUAAAUAUAACCUAAUAAGUCCUUUAUCUGUAAAUUAAAAAUCACUUCAUUUUUAGAAAAAUAUUUAAGGUGGAAUUAUUAGAAAGUAAAAGGAAUCUAUUUCUGUUGUUUUUUCCAUUAUCUCAUUUUUAGUAUCAUCUUUUCUUGGUAUCAUAGAAAUGAUAAAAAUGUUAUAAGAUUCACCUAACAGCAGGUGAAUCCUAUAAAAUAUAAAAUUCUGGGGCUGGCAUUGUGGUGGUGCAGGUUAAGCCUCUGUCUUCUGCGAUACCGGCAUCCUGUAUGAGCAGUGGUUCUAGUCCCAGCUGCUCCACUUCUGACCCUGCUACCUGCUAAUGGCCUGGGAAAAGCAGUGGAAGAUGGCCCAAGUGCUUGGGCCCCUGUACCUAUAUGGGAGACCCAAGGAAAGCUCUGGGCUCCUGACUUUGGCCUGGCCCUACCCCUGGCCGUUACAACCAUUUAGGGAGUGAACCAGUGGAUGGAAAAUCUAUUUCUCUCUGUCUCUCUUCCUCUCUCUGUAACUCAGCCUUUCAAAUAAAUAAAAAACAAAUCUUGAAAAAAAAAUACACAGAUGACCACACAAGUCUGGAGACAGUCUAUAGACUUUAUUUUUUAAUAAACACUGUUUAUUUUAGGCUUUUAUUUAUUUAUUUUAUGUACUGGAAAGGCAGAGCAACCUAGAGAGAGAGAGAGAGAGAGAGUGUGACCAAGUGCAUCUGGUGGUUCACUCCCAAGUGCUUGCAAUGCCUGGGGCUGGGCCACACCAAAGCCAGGAGUCAGGCACUCCAUCCAGGUUUCCCAUGUGAGUGGCAUGGACCUAAGUACUUGAGAGGUUCCCUGCUGCCUCCCAGAAUAUGCAUUAGCAGAAAGCCGAAUUGGAAGCAGAGAGGGACUCGAAUCCUGUCACUCUGAUAAGAGAUGUGAGUAUCCCAAGCAGUGGCUCUAUGGCUGCUGUGUCACAAUGCCCAACCCAAAAUAUUUAAUAGAUUUCAUUCCCUUGAUUGGGCCUUCUAGAGUGUGCAAAAGGCACACGUUCAUUCAGUGAAAAUUAGGCACAGACGUCAUCUGAGCCCGUGCGUUGCAGAUAGGUGGACAAAGAUGGUUGGAGAUGCUGCUUUAGUGCCCAUAGUUCAUUGCAGUUUGCACAACUUGCUGAGCUAUGAUUUCUGGUGGGGAAAACACAUUGAACUCAUCAUGGAAUAUCGGUAAACUACUUGUAUACAUUUGUCUAGAUUUCCAGACCUUAGGGCUACUUGAAUGAUUUUAGUUCAGAAGAACGCAGAGUCAUCACGUAUUUUGUGCUUGUUAAAGUAGUGAAAAUGAAAUAGAUCUACCACUGUAAAGCAUUUCUUAUGUACAGUUUUUCCUAAUUGAUUCAUUUUGUUCCUGAUUAUUAAACUUACCUGUAUGAGCUGA